UCAACAGUCCGUCAGUCGUCAAACAACCGACCGGCCGAACCGUCGUCGUCGUCGCGUUCACCGCAUUUUGCCACGUUUCCAGCAGCAGCAGCAGCAGCAAUUAUUCUUUUCCUAUUAUUAUUAUUUUAACCUUUUCCCCCUGAGAAGAAGAACAAGUCACACACACACAAAUCCACUCGCAGCACACUUGCAACACAGAACAUGACUUCUUGUUGGUUCCCAGUGUCGGUGUGCGCGGUGGUCGCGCUGUUGGCCGUCCAACAGCAGGCCGCUGCCGACCACCAGCCCGGCCACAACAACAACAACCAGGUGGAAACGCUGGCAAACGGGCUGAAAAUCGAAUACGUGUUCACGUUGGACGGAUGCGAGCCCAAGUCGAAAAUCAACGACAUGCUCACAAUGCACUACACCGGCAAACUGGUGGACGGCACGAAAUUCGACUCUAGCCACGACAGAGAUCAACCUUUCACGUUCCAGUUGGGCGUGGGACAGGUGAUCAAGGGAUGGGAUAUGGGACUUCUCAAGAUGUGCGUGGGCGAAAAGAGAAGAUUGACCAUUCCACCUGAGUUGGCGUACGGCGACCGCGGUGCAGGAAACGUCAUUCCCGGAGGUGCCACAUUGAUGUUCGACGUGGAACUGUUGAACGUCGGCGACCAAGCUCCCACGACCAACGUGUUCAAGGAGAUCGACCAAGACAAGGACAAGCAACUUUCCAGGGACGAAGUCAGCGAAUACCUGAAGAAGCAAAUGGCCGCGGCCGAAGGCACGGAAGGCGGCGAAGACAUCAAGCAGAUGAUGUCGGACCACGAGAAACUGGUCGAAGAGAUAUUCCAACACGAAGACAAGGACAAAAACGGGUUCAUAUCGCACGACGAAUUCUCCGGACCGAAACACGACGAGCUGUAAAUGAUAAAAACAUUUUUAAAAAAACCUACACUUGAAUUUGAAAAAAAAAAACAAAAAAAAUCUCUCAAACUAACGUUAGGCGUAUUAUAUAUAAUAAUAAUAUCGAAAGUCGGAAGUCGUCGGAAGUCGGUCGAGUGGAAGAAGAUUUCAGUGUUAUAAUAUAUUAUUACUUAUUCUUUCCCCCCCCCCCCAUUUUUUUUUUUUUUA